AGAAGGAUUCUGCAGAUGGGUGCACAGCGGGGAGGAGUGUUCGUGAGGUUCAACUCCAGCCACGGUUUCCCAGUGGAGGUGGAUUCUGCCACCAGCAUCUUCCAGCUCAAGGAGGAGGUUGCUAAGCGACAGGGGGUUCCAGCCGACCAGCUGCGCGUGAUUUUCGCGGGGAAGGAGCUCAGGAAUGACCUGGUGGUGCAGAGCUGCGACCUGGGCCAGCAGAGCAUCGUCCACGUGGUGCUGAGACCCGGGAGAGAAGGCCCCGCGAUGGCCACCGGCGGGGACCGUCCCCGGGGCACUGCGGGGGCCUUCUCGAGGGAGCCCGAGAGCUUGACCCGCGUGGACUUCAGCAGCUCCGUGCUCCCCACCGACUCCGCGGGCCUGGCCGUCAUUCUGCACGACGACAGGGAGGGCGCUGCGCGGACAGCGGGCAGACCAGCAGGUAGACCGGCCUACAACAGCUUCUACGUCUACUGCAAGGGCCCCUGCCAGCGGGUGCAGCCCGGGAAGCUCCGGGUGCGGUGCGGCACCUGCCAGCAAGCCACGCUCACCUUGGCCCAGGGCCCGUCCUGCUGGGACGACGUCCUGAUCCCGAAGCGGAUGAGGGGUGAGUGCCAGUCGCCAGGCUGCCCCGGGACAAGCGCGGAAUUUUUCUUUAAAUGUUCAGCGCACCCGACCUCUGACAAAGAAACAUCAGUAGCUUUGAACCUGAUCACAACCAACAGCCGGGGCAUCACCUGCAUCACGUGCACCGACAUCAGGAGCCCGGUCCUGGUUUUCCAGUGCAACCACCGCCACGUGAUCUGCUUGGACUGCUUCCACCUGUACUGCGUGACCAGGCUCAACGACCGGCAGUUUGUCCACGACCCGCAGCUGGGCUACUCGCUGCCGUGUGUGGCCGGCUGCCCCGACUCCUUGAUCAAAGAGCUCCAUCACUUCAGGAUCCUCGGGGAAGAGCAGGCCACGGCUCCGGAGAGGGCACUGGUGGGCCGCCGGCAGGAAGAUGGGCUCAGCUGGCUUCUCGUGCGAGAUGGUGCCACUGGCCUGCCCAGGCGGACUCCUGGCUGCCGGCCACAGCAGGCCCUCGCCCAGUCAGCUGGCCUGGAGGAUGGACGCUGCGGCCGCAGACAGUGGGCUGGGCAGUGCACGCGGCCCAGUCACUGCCCCACUGCCCGGGGCAGGAUGCAGCCCAUGGACCCCGAGGUGCCUUACAGUCCAGGGGACAGCAAGGGUGUCUCGAAUCCAGGCUCCAGCCCGAGGACUGGAAACCCAUCUCAGCUCGUCUUCUGCCGCGACUGUAAGGACGCCUACCACGAGGGGGAGUGCAGCGCCCUGGCCGCCGCCUCCGGGGCAGCCGCUCAGGCCUACCAGGUGGACGCCAGGGCGGCCGAGCAGGCUCGCUGGGAGGAGUCCUCCCGGGAGACCAUCAAGAAGACCACCAAGCCCUGCCCGCGCUGCCACGUGCCCGUGGAGAAGAACGGCGGAUGCAUGCACAUGAAGUGCCCGCAGCCCCAGUGCCAGCUCGAGUGGUGCUGGAACUGCAGCUGCGAGUGGAGCCGCGCCUGCAUGGGCGCCCACUGGUUCGACGUGUAGCUGCCACGGGCCGCUGUCCGCGCCGGAGCCCCGUGUCCAGUGGCGUCUGCCCCUCUCCCUUUCUCCACGCACACACACACACACGCACACACACACACAUGCACCACACGCACAUUCGCACGCACACACCUGUGCACACAUAGGCACACACAUGUACACAGUUCUUUCCAAAAGGACAGCAGCAGGUCUGGGCAGCUCCCAGCCUCGCGUUGAUUGUGCCGGGAAAACCAGCACCACGAGGUCGAGGUCUGAGCCACGCACAGCAGCACGCAGGAGGCCUGACAUCUCGGGAGCUCGAGGCUGCUGUGUAGGGACAGCACAGUCUCAGGUUUAACUCCCCGCGCUCCACCCCCAGCCGGCGCUGGGAGGAGCGAUGGUGGGAGGUGCCGAGUGUCUGUCUCGGUUCUAGACUGGUGUCCACAGCCCUCAGGCCUGGACUCGCCACUCCACGCGAGGCUCCGUCUUCCCACGGAAGCGCAGCAGCAGCCGCACAUGGUCCCCGGGUUCCCUUUCCGCGGGAUGAGUCUCCCGCUGCACGAAGCAGGUGCCGCCCAGGAGAGGAGCCACGGGGGCCGACUCCACGGAGGAGUGUAGAUCACAGGCAGAACCCCACACGCGCUGUGCGUGCCGCUUCAUUAGGAGACAUUUUGGAAACUGUUUUUCUGAAAAUGUUACCAAACCUAUCAUUUGAUUAUGGACAUUUAUGCUGCAGCGUGGAGGACAAGCCAGUCCCGCCGGCUGCGCCGUGAACAGAAUGGCUGAGUGCCCUGGAGGGGGCGGGUCAGCGUGGUUCCCAGCGACCCAGUGUCACGGGCCAUUGAAACAGCCUCUCUCCCGGGCCUGUUGCCAGGCGGUCCCGCGCGGCCUGCCCCGCCUUCGGCCCCCCUGCUGCGCUGGUCGGAUUGGGGGGGCUGGUGACUUUCCAUCGAUGGUCACACAUCAACGAGGCGUGUGCCCGCGGGCAGAGCCCAGCGCCUGCACCGGGAGGCGGGAGGAAGUGCCUGCCUCUGCUCUCGGCUCCUCUCCUCAGGCGAUGGUGACCACUCGGGCGGAACUGCCCACUGCACCUGGGCCCCUUUUCACGUGGGACCCUGGAAGCUGUCAGAUCAGCAGCAGGACUUCUCCUUUGCUGAGAGGGAAGGGGAGGGGCCUCGGAAAUGCCCCAAGGCCGCCUGCCCUCUUUCCCGAACCCCCACUCAGGGAUAGUCCUUCCCGCUCCCCCCCCUUCUCUCUGUCAGCGUGGCCCCCAGGCCGCCGGGCUCGAUGGGAAGCCCGUGGGUCGUGCAGGGAUAAUGGGGCCGAGGUCUGGCCGUGGGAGAGGAAGGUCCGAGGCUGAGCCACACACGCCAAGGCCGGCGUUGCUGCUCAGUCUGCAACGCUCAGGCCGGGUGUCCGUCCGACAAUCCCAGCAGCAGCUGCCGGCACCGGCCCCCCCCC